AUGACCCCUAUAUACACUCACGUUCCUCUCAGACUGCGUGGAGGGCACAACCAGUGCUCUGGGAGGCUGGAAGUAUAUCAUAACGCUGUGUGGGGCUCAGUCUGUGAUGAUCUCUGGGACUUCAGUGAUGCUCAGGUGGUCUGCAGGCAGCUGGGUUGUGGAGCAGCACUGAGGGCUGAUGGGAAUUCAGCCUUUGGUGCUGGUGAAGGUGUUGUGUGGCUGAACAGAGUCCAGUGCAGAGGGAAUGAGCUUCACCUGUGGGACUGUCCUCUCUCCCUGAACAACCACACUGACUGCUCUCACAAAGAGCACGCUGGACUCACCUGUGCAGAUUUGUCAGUGUCCACUACUCCUGCCACAUCAGCAUCACCUUCUGGUCCAAUGUCUCAGACAGUGAGCUCAACAUCAGUCUCUUGUUCACAAACACGUCCAGAAACACUCGCAGUUCCCCCAGUGCUUGUGAUUGUACUGGGAGUUGUGCUCGUACUGCUCUUAGUAGCAUUGCUUAUACUGAUUCAGCAGAACAGACUCAUGAGGAAAGCUCUUGCUGACUGGUACACUGGACUACACAGGGCUCCAACGGAGGCAGUUUAUGAGGAAAUCUACCAAAGACACAAUGACUUGAGAGAGAGUUUUAUUUCUCAAGAACAGCGUUCUGGGUUUGGAGAUGGAGAUGCACUUCUACCAGAUCGGAUCAAUGCAGGCAUGUCAGACUAUGAGGACAUCGCCAUUAAUGUACCAAUACCAGAUGAGACAGACGACAAACCAGAAGACUAUGAUGAUGUCAUUACCAUUGGGCAGAACUGUGCUGCUGAUAAAGUGAACACUCCCGAGAAUUAUGAUGAUGUCAUCAUUAGUGAACAGUGCUCUCAUUGUGAAUCGGAGGAAGGUCGGGAGUAUGAUGAUGCAUGGAGUAUCUCUGAAGAUAUGAGAAACCUGUUGGAUUAUGAUGAUGUGGUGGAAGAAUCAGACACUGAAAAAGAAGCUGUAUAACUCGGUGUUUUAUUUUAUUCUAUUAAAUUUUUUACAUUUAUUUUAUUUUUUAUUUAUAUUUUAUUUAAUUUUAUUUCAUUUUACAAACUUGUGAAACAGUUAUAAAUAAAAUAAUCAUUCUAUCAUUAUCAUUCCCAUUGUUUAUUGCUGUGAUAGCCAUGCGUAUGUUUGUUGGGGUUAUUGUUAUUAUUAUUUUAUUAAUUAAGAUGAAGCAGAGUUCUCUAGUAACAACACAUGAUAAUUACACUGUCUGGCAAGUGUAUGUUUUCUAAAACUUCUGUUGGAUGAAUGUAAAAAAAAAAAUAAUGACACACUUGAAGAACAAUGUUUUCAUGAAUAUUAUUCUAUGGACCAUUUCAAUGUGGUCAUGUCAUUGGCCUAUGAACAUUUCCUGCUUCUUAUCAAACUAUGUAAUAACUGUAACAAGAAUCAAUUCUAUCAUAACUUAAUGUUAAAAUAGCUAUUAUAACAUAAUUCAUCAGUAUGUUCCUUUUUUUGUAUUCUCGGAAGCUCUAGGAAUUAAAAAUGUAAAAGAGGCAACAUGUUGGGACUAUUGUUUUUGUUUACAUCCCUCAAAAUGGUGUCUAGCUGUGUUGUUGAAAUUGUACAUUUUACUUACAUGGCAUGUUGUGAUAAUGACUUUUCUAAUAACUAAA